AUGAAACGAUUUCUCGAGACAAACGAUCAGCAAUCGUCAUCGAAAAAGACAAAAACAGAAAAUUCAAGUUCGGAUUUUGUUAUUUCAAUACAAAAUAACAGAUUAAAAACCGCUGAAAGUAUUAGAGAUUUCAAGUUUAAUAAGAAACGAGUGAAGAUCCUCUCAAAGGUUGAAGAUGUGGCUGAGAAAUCAAACGGAAUUGCCUACUGGAUGGCUCGAGAUCAGCGAGUUCAGGACAAUUGGGCACUUCUUUUCAGUCAAAAUCUUGCUAUUAAAAAUAAAAUUCCUUUACAUGUUGUGUUCUGCCUUACUGACGGCUUUCUUGGUGCAACAAUUCGUCACUUUGACUUCAUGUUGAAAGGACUUGAAGAGGUUGCAAACGAUUGCACCACUCUUAACAUAAAUUUUCAUCUUCUUCGUGGUGAACAUACAAAAGAAAUUCCAAAGUUCAUUAAAAACAACAAAAUUGGUGCUGUUGUUUGUGAUUUUAGUCCUUUGAGAAUUCAUCGAAGUUGGGUUGAUGGAAUCAAGAAAGAACUUCCACCUUAUGUUCCUCUCGUUCAAGUUGAUGCUCAUAACAUUGUCCCCAUUUGGAUUACAUCAGAUAAACAAGAAUAUGCAGCAAGAACGAUAAGAAACAAGAUCAACAGCAAAUUGGGUGAAUUUCUUACAGAGUUCCCUCCACUCGUCAAACAUCCUCACAAAUCCACUGAAAUGCCAGAUAAAAUUGAUUGGAAGAAAACUUUGCAAUCACUUAAAGUUGAUGAAACUGUUGGAGUUGUUGAUUGGAUUAAACCUGGUUAUAAAAACGCUGUUGAAGUUCUUGAAACUUUCAUUAAUAAACGAUUGAAAGUGUUUGCAACCAAACGAAACGAUCCAACAAUUAACGCACUUUCAAAUCUUUCGCCUUUCUUUCAUUUUGGACAAAUUUCUGUUCAACGCGCGAUCAUUGAAGUACAAAAGCAUAAAAGUAAAGCCAAAGACAGUGUUGAUGCUUUUUGUGAAGAAGCAAUCGUUCGUCGAGAACUCAGCGACAAUUUCUGCUUUCAUAAUAAGAAUUACGAUAAUCUCGAUGGCAUCACAGACUGGGCUAAGAUAACUUUAAACGCUCAUCGUAAAGACAAACGUCCGUAUUUAUACACAAGAGAUGAACUCGAGAAAUCUAAAACGCAUGAUGAUUUGUGGAAUGCUGCACAGAAUCAAUUAAGAGUCGAAGCUAAAUUGCACGGAUUCCUACGAAUGUAUUGGGCGAAGAAGAUUUUGGAAUGGACAGCAAGUCCUGAAGAAGCUUUGGAGACGGCGAUUUAUCUCAAUGAUCGCUAUAACUUAGAUGGUCGUGAUCCCAAUGGCUAUGUCGGCUGUAUGUGGAGCAUCGGCGGCAUUCAUGAUCAAGGUUGGGGCGAGCGAGCUGUCUUCGGCAAGAUCCGUUACAUGAACUAUGAAGGAUGUAAACGCAAGUUUGACAUCAAAGCUUUCAUCGCACGUUAUGGCGGAGUUGUUCAUAAGAAAAAGUAA